AUGAAACCCUUUCUUCUUGCUCCGCUGGUCGCAGCACUGGUCGCUGGUGCAGCUGUCCGAAGCUCUGAUAGCGUGAAUUAUGAUGGGUUCAAGGUGUUUCGAGUCAAUACCAAGGGUCAAUUUAGAUCCGUACAAGAGAAGCUGAGCACAUUGUCAUUUGAGCAGUGGGAUUUCGAUCCUGCGAGGCACAUGGAUAUUGUGCUGGCACCUGAGCAGCUUACGGCAUUCAAAGACCUCAACCUGGACUACCACUGUAUGCAUGAAGACUUGGGAGCAUCGAUCGCUGCUGAGUCCGUAUCAAAGUCAAUCUGGAAACGACAAGCGGACGAUCUUUCCUGGUAUGACAACUACCAUCCAUACGACGACCAUCGUACAUACUUUGAAGAUCUGCAAGCUUCUUUCCCGAAUAACUCUGAGUUCGUUUCCUCGGGCACUUCGUACGAAGGACGAGAUCUUUACGGUCUUCACUUAUACGGUGCCGGUGGUCCAGGAAAGCCAGCGGUCUUAUGGCACGGAACCGUGCAUGCUAGAGAAUGGAUCACGGCCAUGGUCAUCGAAUACCUCACACUGAACCUGCUCACAGGCUACGCUACCGACAACGUCACACAAUCUUUCCUGGACAACUACGACUUUUACAUCUUCCCAUUCGUCAAUCCUGACGGCUUUGUGCACAGUCAGACCGUGAAUCGAUUAUGGCGGAAGAAUCGUCAGCCACCACCACCCACUGCAGAAAACCAGACCUGCUUCGGUCGAGACAUCAAUCGACAGUGGCCUUGGAGUUGGAAUGAUAGUUCUCCUCCAGGUGGCUCUUCACCAAAUCCAUGCAGCCAAACGUAUCGAGGUGAAUCGCCGAGUGACGGUCCCGAAAAUCAGGGUCUGGUAGCUCUCGUUAACAAGCUAAGAGACCAGCAAGGCAUCAAACUCUACAUUGAUUGGCAUUCUUACGGCCAAUACAUCCUCUCGCCUUGGGGCUACAACUGCACAGUCUACGCGGAAACUCUCGGUCAGCACACUAAGCUCGCAGCCUUGACUGGCGAUGCCAUACGCACAGGCGCCAACGGCACAACAUUCACCUUCGGACCAUCUUGUUCGACACUGUACGCGACUUCAGGCAGUUCAGUCGACUACAUUUACGGCGUAGGCCAGGCGAAAUUCAGCUAUACUAUUGAGCUGAGAGACACGGGCGAUUACGGGUUCGUGCUGCCACCGGCACAAAUCAGAGGUAGUGUCGAGGAGCAGUGGGCAGGCAUGCGAACUAUGUUGGCGCUGCUGGAUGAGGAGUUCUUUGAUGGACUGGGACCGGCGGCGGAGUUUGGAGAGAUACGAAGAUAA